UGUUGUAUAGCGGUCGAUAAACCGUAGUUGAGAUUCUCUACACAGAAAAUUGUGUAUUUUUUGCACAAAUCGUGUGAAAAUUUAGUUAAAAUGAAAGAAAUGUGAUAAUAUUUUGUGGCGUGUAAAUGUUUAGAUUCUUACAAAGAAUUUGGUUAGCCAUAAGUACGUAAAACUGGAUUGAUGUUAUUGCAAAAAAUAAAAUUGAAUUUUUAUGAGCGCGAAAUGAUUGACCAAAAUCUUGAAUAAAUUCUGUGGGUCCGGUUGAUUUGAAUGGAUUUUGAUGUUUAUAAUUAAAAUCAAAUAAAACAAAUAAAAAAACUUGAUCCCGGGUGUUCCACUCGACCUGUGUGUGAAUGUUGCUUAUAUGUAUGUAUUCCGUCGGUUGUAAAAAUAAAAACAUUUUACGAUUUUCGUGAAUAAAUAAAAAUAUCCAUCGAAAUGUUGUAUGCAAACACAGGAAACAUUUGAGUGGCAGUUGAUUUGGAAAAUUUGAAUAACCAAGGUAUUCAUUUGGCGAUAAUUCAACCCUUAACUCUUCUUGGCGUAUUAAUAACUUAAAACGGAUUGGGAAUUGUGUCGUAUUCAGGGCAGAGACACGAAAUAACAUGAGAAAAGAACAACUAAUGUGAACUAUAGUUGCCCAUAUUAUACGACUGUAUAUGGUUCUUUAUACCAGAACUGCAGAGCCAAUAAAUUUCAUUUAAAGUGGUGGAAAAAGUCUUUUUCUGUGUGGGAAAAUCUUUCGCCAUAUUACACAAGUAAAAGCAACAUUGUGAAGUGAGAAAUUAAUUGUGCCGUGUUUCGGUUGACAAACUAUUUAAGUGGAAAAUACCACAUUUGAGUGUAUCCGCUGAUUAAUCAAUCAAAAUGCCUGAUCCAGACAACUAUGACGAUGAGUUGGUGUCAGCAAAUCCGAAUCAGAGAAACUGGAGAGGCAUACUGAUCGCAUUACUUGUCAUCGUAAUUGUAUUGGCAUUGAUUGUUACGUCAGUGAUAUUACUUACUCCGCCUGACGAGGGACCGCGCGUAAAAGGUUCCCGAAUAAAACUGCAAGACAUCGUCGAUGGUCACUAUACCCCAAUGAGAGUGAAUGGUACCUGGAUUUCUGCUGAAGAAUUCCUCUACCAAAAUCAAUGGGGUGGAAUCAGUUUAUUGAAUGCAAUAAAUUUAUCGGAAAGGGUGCUCAUGUCAAACACAACAUUUAAAACUUUAGCUCCUGUCAGAUUUUCAUUGUCUGCCGAUAAGAAAUACUUGCUGCUGGCUUUAAAUGUUCAAAAGUUGUUUCGACAUUCGCAAAUAGCGCAAUAUUCCGUCUACGAUAUUCAAACAAGUGAGAACAUUCCAUUAUCUCACAUUGCCGAUGACAUGGAUUGGCCCUAUCUACAUUAUGCUCAAUUCACACCCAAAGGGCACUCGCUCAUAAUGGUCUACAAUUAUGAUAUUUUUUAUCGACUCGGACCGCGAACAUACGAAUCAUAUCGCGUUACAGAUGAUGCGAUUCCCGGUGUAAUUUACAAUGGAAUACCAGACUGGCUUUAUGAAGAGGAAAUACUUAGCGCUCCAUCAGCCAUCUGGAUGUCAACGGACGGUUAUUUAAUGCUUUUUGGCUCAUUCAACGAUUCUUUGGUUGAAGAACAAAAGUUUCCAUGGUACGGCACCACUAGCUCAUCGUCUAACACCAAUUUGUAUCCGGAAAUAAGAUCUCUAAGAUAUCCGAAACCAGGUACACAAAAUCCCGUCGCUACGUUACGAAUUGCUGAUUUAGCCGAUCCGAAAAAUUUUCGCAUUCGAGACAUUAAGCCACCGGCUGUUUUAAUCAAUGAGGACCAUUACUUUACAAGCGCCAAAUGGGUAUCAAUGACAGAAGUGAGUGUGGUAUGGUUGAAUCGACCGCAAAAUAUUUCGGUGGUAACGAUUUGCAAAAGCCCAAUGUGGAUAUGCCAAGAGACACACCGUGUCAGCGGAGACGGCAAAGGAUGGGUGGAUGUGACCGUAGCCCCGUAUUUCGCAUCAAAUGGCAGUUCCUACAUUGCCAUUUCACCAUUACGCGACGGUGCGGCCGGACUUUUUCGGCACUUGGUGCACGUUCACAUAUCACAAAAACGAAUUCUUCCGCUCACCCAUGGCACAUUCGAAGUUCGACAAAUUGUUUAUUGGGACGAAAUCAAUAAUUUUGUAUACUUCCUUGGAACUCCAGAACGUCAUCCUGGCUAUCAGCAUCUCUAUCGUGUCUCAUCACUACCACCGAAAUUCGGUGUAGCCUUAAGUAUUCCUCAGUGCCUCACCUGUCCGAAUCAAUAUUCUAAUGAUGUGGUAACGACAACUACCCACAAUCCACCGAAACUACAAACGGCAUGGGACGAUGAUUGGGAAGCCGAGCAUACUGUUCCGCCUCCGACAACACAGGCGCCAAAAAGACCUAAGAAAAAGAGUUCGGUACAAAAAACUCCGAUGCCAGCUUGUCAGUACCAUAAGGCUACAUUUUCGCCGGGAAGUGUGGGACUCGUUAUCAUCGAAUGCUUAGGGCCGGGAGUACCAUCUAGUGCAAUUUAUCGAAUUGGGACCGGACACAAAGUUCUUGAACCGCUUUUCUUCAUCCAAAACAAUACAAGACUUCGCGAUCGAAUAUCUCAAAUUGCAUUGCCGCAAGUGAAAACGUUUCCGGUAAUGAUUUCUGGUGGAUACCAUGCACAAGUACGCUUGUAUUUACCACCGGGAUUGAGAGAAGAUGAAAUAACGAGAUAUCCAUUAAUUUUGCACGUAUAUUCUGGACCGGGGACACAAUUAGUAACGGACAAGUGGCGCAUCGAUUGGAACACAUAUCUUGCGGGCAACAAAGAUUAUAUCAUUGCACAAAUUGAUGGCAGAGGAUCCAGUGGACAGGGUUAUCGUCUAUUACACGAAGUUUAUCGUCGAUUGGGCACCGUGGAAGUGUCUGACCAGCUCGAGGUCACCGAAUAUUUACGAGACAAUUUACAUUUUGUGGAUAAGCGACGAGUUGGGAUUUGGGGAUGGAGUUAUGGAGGCUAUGUUUCGGCACUCGCAUUGGCUAAUGAACUAUCACUGUUCCAGUGCGGCGUUAGUGUAUCACCUGUUGUUAGUUGGAAAUUGUAUGACUCCACGUACACCGAACGAUAUCUAAGCUUUCCGAACGUUACUGAUAAUUACAAAGGCUAUGAAGAAAGCGAACUUGUGAAGCACGUCGAUCAAUUACGUGACAAGCAUUACCUUCUAGUACAUGGCACUGCUGAUGACAAUGUUCAUUUUCAGCAGACUAUGCUGUUAGCGAAAUCGUUAGCAUCGAAUGGCGUGCUGUUCAAGCAGCAGAUAUAUCCGGAUGAAGGUCAUAGUAUGUUGGGCGUUCAACGACACCUGUAUCGUUCAAUGACAACGUUUUUCGAAGACUGUUUCCGGAGACAGGUACCGCCAGAAGUAAAAGCUGGCCUUGGUAACGGCGGUCUGGAGGAUCGUUCAUAAAAUCAAUAAAAUUAAUUAAGCGGUUGUGAUAAACAAGUAAUUUGUAUAGAAUUAAGUUUAAUUGAUAAUAAUUAAUUCGAACACAAGAUAAAAAAGCUCAUUCUUCUCCUACUCCUUAAGAAUUUAUAUAACUGAAGCGCAAAUAUUUGACUAAAAUCCUGAACUUAAAAUGGAAAAUAUAAAUGAACAGAGAAAUUAAAUUAAAUUAAAAACAAAAAAGACUUUCCGAAGAUGAAACUAAAAGAAGAAAACUUAAAAAAAUAAACAGAAAAAAAAACUUAAAAAAAAGAGUAAAAAAAGUCUAAACUGAGUGAUACUUAAAGUGCCAAAUUUGAUGUUGUAUUAAUACAAAAGAAACAAAAACAAACAGAAGAGCAACACUAAAUCUGACGAAAAGCAGCAAUAAAAUAGAACCGAAAAAGUCUAAAAUCAAAAAAUGUGUAAUUUAUCAGUAUCACUGCAAUUUAAAGCUUUUAAAGCGUAAAAGUAUAUGGCAAAA